AAGGCCGAGCCCGUCAAGGCUGCUAAGCCCGUCAAGGCCACCAAGGCUGAGAAGCCCUCCAAGAAGUCCAAGAAGGAGGAGUCCUCUUCCGAGGAGGAGGAGUCCGAGUCUGAGUCUUCUGAGGAGGAGUCCAGCGAGGAGUCCAGCGACGAGUCUUCCGAUGAGGAGAUGACCGACGCUCCUGCCGCCAAGGAGACCAAGAAGGCCGAGUCUUCCGACUCUGACUCCGAUUCUGAUUCUGACGACUCCGAGUCUGAGGAGGAGACUUCCGAGGAGGAGAAGCCCGCCGUCAAGGAGGAGAAGAAGGAGAGCUCCGAUGAUGAGGAGAGCGACUCCGACAACUCCGAUUCCGACUCUGACUCUGACUCUUCCGAGUCCGAGGAGAAGUCUGAGUCCGAGGAGCCUUCCAAGAAGCGCAAGGCUGAGGAGUCCUCCUCCGAGGAGGAGGCUCCCAAGAAGGCCAAGACUGAGGAGGUUGCCGAUGACAAGAGCACCCUCUGGGUUGGUAACCUCGGCUGGGGCAUCGAUGAUGCCAUCCUCUUGGCUGAGUUCGAGGACUGCGAGGGUGCUAAGAGCGCUCGCGUCGUCACUGACCGUGAGUCUGGCCGCUCGCGCGGUUUCGGCUACGUCGACUUUGCCACCAACGAGCAGGCGCAGAAGGCUUAUGAUGCCAAGAGCGGUGCUCUUCUUGAGGGCCGUGAGAUGCGUCUCGACUUCGCUGCCAAGGAUGCCGGCAACAAGCCCCAGGACAAGGCCGCCAACCGCGCUGCCAAGCACGGCGACACCAUCUCUCCCGAGUCCGACACCCUCUUCGUCGGUAACAUGCCCUUCUCCGCUGACGAGUCUGUCGUCUCCGACUUCUUCAACUCUGUCGCCUCCGUUGCCAGCCUCCGUAUCCCUACCGACCAGGAGUCCGGCCGCCCCAAGGGCUUCGCCUAUGUUACCUUCAACUCCGUUGAGGAUGCCAAGAACGCUUUCGAGCAGCUGAACGGCUCCGACCUCAAUGGCCGUCCCGUCCGUCUCGACUACGCCAAGCCCCGUGACAACAACGGUGGCGGCGGUGGCUUCGGUGGCGGCCGCGGUGGUGGCCGUGGCGGUGGCCGUGGUGGUUUCGGUGGCCGUGGUGGUGGCCGUGGUGGCCGUGGUGACUUCGGUGGCCGUGGCGGUGGCCGCGGUGGCGGACGUGGUGGUUUCGGUGGCAGCCGUGGUGGCUUCCAGGGCAAGAAGACCACCUUCUAAUGUGGUCAAGUGGGAUUCCCGCACACAUUGGGGAAUGUGAUACCAUAACCUGAGGGCAUUGCAACACAGAUUCGCACUGGAGGGCUUAGUGGGUUGUCGGCUUUUGAAAUCUUACAGUAUCUCCUUCGUGGGAGAUCGUGGGCUUUUUGAGAGAUAACUGCUUCUCUGCUGCGUGGCAGGGAAAGCAAGCGAUACCUGAGGGCUUGAAGAUGGUGGUGAGCUGGUAGCUCUUUGACAGCUCGUUCGUACAUGGCACGUCACUUCUUUCUCUCAACAGGAAAGUGAGGACCUCUGCCGGUGGGCUUGUUGGCUGGUUCCAUGACCCUUUCGCGGUCGUCUGCACUUUGGAUUCGAUGCAUACCAGAAGAUUGAUGGGUUCCAAGUACUCUGUGGGCUCGUGGGCUCUUGUGGGCUUUAGCUGACAAAACGGAAGAACGGAGAAGACGAGGACCUGUACUUGCACAUGCCACAAACAUGUGUUCACACAGCCUUAUCCAGUCUGUGCUUCGGGGGUGGUUCAUCGUUUCCUGUUCUUUUCCGGAUAUCAUUGUCAUUGCUUCUUCCUGUGGGGUUUCUUAAAGAGGGCAUCUAAAAGUUGGUUUGGGAUUUUCCGGUACAAUCACGGGGUCACCUGGGGGCACUUAAAAUGGGUUACGGGUCUUUUCUUUUUCUCUUUUUUUUUCAUAUCAGCAUUUGCCCUUCACGAUACAUUAUCGAUGGCGCAACGGUACAGAGUACGGGUGAUCCUUCUAACGAACAUUACCCGGUAAGUAAUCUGAUACUCUUCCCCUGUUUCAUAUACCCAAGUCCCAACGGACUAGAAGUAGCAAGAAAGAAGUAUUGUUCAGUA